AUGGGUGUAUUGAAUGCUCUUCGAAGGGGCCUUGUGAGAGGAGCAGAUCGUAUGGCUGAAUUCACCAGCAAGCGUGGCUCAAGGACUCACUACAAAGGCAGAGGGGCACAGCCAACGGGAGUACUAACCUCCAGCAGAAAAUUUGUUCCAGUACAGGCAAUGAUUCCUCAGUUUGUGGUGCCAAACUUGGAGGGAUUCAAACUCAAGCCCUACGUGUCGUACCGCACCCCGACUGGAACGGAGCCCGCUGUCACCCCUGAGGGUCUGUUCUCUGAGACUGUGGCCCCACAGAUCCAGAAAGACUUUGAGGAAGGCUCCUUUGAUAAGGAACAGCUGGAGAAAUACGGGUUUGAACCCACACAGGAAGGAAAGUUAUUCAAACUCUACCCCAAGAACUUUAUACGAUAAGUAGUCCACCAAAUCUGAUCCACCUGGAACUCUGAGCGUUAAGGAUCAUUGACUUAUUUAGUUUGUGUUGGGAGGUCAGGAGGUUGUUUUACUGGACCCUGGUGUAUUAUGAAUGUGCUUGCUGAAAGUACUAGUAUAUGCACUUCUUAUUUAAACAUGUAUAUUAUGUUUUGGUCUAUUUUUUUUUUUUGACCUCAAUAUGCAUGUUGGCUACAGGUUAUUCGAAUGUAGUCGAGGUUUGCACUAAGCAAAAUCAUUGCUUAGUGCAAAAUGCUUACUUACGAGCCCUUAACCAUCAAUGGAGUUUAAAAAAAAUCCAGAUAAGAAAUAACAAUAAGUAAUUAAAGAGCAGCGGUAAAAUAACAAUAGUGAGACUAUAUACAGGGGGGUACCAGUGCAUAGUCAAUGUGCGGGGGCACUGGGUUAGUUGAGGUAAUAUGUACAUGUAGUUAGAGUUAUUAAAGUAACUAUGCAUACAUAACAACAGAGUAGCAGCACUGUAAAAGGAGCCAUUUGAUUAGAUGUUCAGGAGUCUUAUGGCUUGGGGCUAUAAGCUGUUUAGAAGCCUCUUGGACCUAGGCUUGGCACUUUGUUACCGCUUGUUGUGCGGUAGCAGAGAGAACAGUCUGACGAGGGUGGCUAGAGUCGUUGGCAAUUUUUAUGGCUUCUUCUGACACCGCCUGGUAUAGAGGUCCUGGAUGGCAGGAAGCUUGGUCCCAGUGAUGUACUGAGCUGUUUGCACUACCCCCUGUAGUGCUUUGCGGUCAGAGGCCGAGCAAUUGCCAUACCAGGCAGUGAUGCAACAAGUCAGGAUGCUCUCGAUGGUGCAGCUGUAGAACCUUUUGAGGAUCUGAGGAUCCAUGGCAAAUUUUUCAGUGUAUAUAUACAAAGAAAUAAAUGUAACAUGUAAAGUG